AUGAGGAAGCUGAGGAGACUAGCACAUGUCCUUCGACAGUUUCAUAAAUGGGAGAUUGGUGAUGUUGAGCACAAGUUUAAGAUUGCCAAAGAGGCUUACAAUAAUGCUCAAUACCAGCUUCAGCAGGACCCUCAUUCAGCUGAGUUUCAAAAUGAGGAACAAAAUUCUUUUGAAAACUUGGUUCAGCAAGCCAGAUACUAUGAUAGUUAUCUUAGGCAGAGGAGCAAAGUCAAUUGGCUUAGGUUUGGAGAUGAUAAUACAGCUUAUUUUCAUGCUUGUUUGAAGCAGAGAAAGGAGUCAAAUCGAAUAACUUCAUUUGUUAAUGAUGCUGGACAGAUUAAUGAGAAGUUUGAGGAUAUAGUGGCUCACUUCUUAAAUCAUUUUUGGAGUAUCAUGAGUAGUCAAAGUAGGGCUUCGGGUCCUAUUCAAAAGGACUGUUUUAUUCAUUGUAGCAUCUUAUCCUUAGAUCAACAACUGGAAUUAACAAAGCCUUUCACUAAGAAGGAUGUUAAAAAUGCUAUGUUCAGUAUUAGUUCAAUUAAGAGCCCGAGUCCAGAUUGA